AUGGCUAAAGCCUCCUCAGCGCAAGCGGGACCCUCAAGACCCAACGGCGGCAGACCUCUCAAGCCGAUACAUAAGACAGUCGAUCUGCUGAGAAGUAAUGAGGGAGCUAAGAGGAAAGGCAAGGGGAAGGAGAAAGAAGUUCUGGGAGACGGCGUGAUGGGUUUAGUUGACGAUGUCAAACGGUUACCUGGCAUGAUCCAGGUUGAGAAGUUCGCAGAGACGAGAGCGUUGGAGAUCCAUGCCUUUCAGACGGCCAUCAAAGUAGCUGCAGCUCAAGGCAGUACUCGAGCAUUUCAAUCGCUUCCUCGUCAUCUUCGAAGAAGAGCAGCAAGUCACAAUCCCCGUAGAGUACCCAAGAGGCUCAGAUCAAAAGCAGCCACAGAGAUCGAUUCUGGAGACACCAUAGCCAAGAAACACCGCAAGAUCGCCCGACUCCGACAAAAAGGUACACUUCGAGAUCAUCUUUCUCGAACGGAGCAAUUUGCAUUGAGACAGAAAAACAAAACGUGGUUACCUACUCAUAUGUGGCUUGCUAAGCGAUAUCACAUGACGAAUCUUUGGGGAUACAGAUUACCUCUUACGCCUACCUUGAAGUCUUUCAGACCUGCUUACAGAGCUGGAAGGAGGAAGGUAAUAGGAUUCGAUACGAGUUAUUAUGGUAUUAUAGAAUUUGAAGGUUCUCGACAGGAGAUUAUCAGCGUACUAAGUAGAAUGAGUGGAGGCAGCUUUGCUGGAUCGAAGUAUGAAGAUGGAUCCCGUGUGGCCAAUAUACUAUUAUAUUACUUCGAUUCUCUCCCUACGAACCUCAUUGGCCCAGCUGAAGUCAUCUGGCAAAGGCCUUCACCGGGUAUUGACCUACAACCCCGAGUAUGGCUUCGACUUCAUCCAUCCAUAUUCAACGAAACUUGGGAUGCGUUGAAAGUAGCGACCGCACAACUUCAGCAAAGUGGUUCAUCUAGGAUCGGAGAUUUGCAGAUCAGAGACUUGAGAGGAGAUAUAAAUUCGAUUGACCUCAUUGGACCCAAGUCAGGAAAGGUUUUGCGAAGGGUAUCGAGGUUGUGUAGAGAUGAAAAGGGAGUCAAGAGUAAAUUCUUCGAAAGCCUCAGAGAUCUGGAUGAUCCCGCUCAAUUGACAGAAGGAAUGGUUGUGGGAUUGAAAGUACAUGAUCCCAGGCUGAACUUCCCUCCCCCUCGUCUUUCACCGAAAAGUACAGACAUGAUCGAAGAGGAAAUCUUGCGAUCGAAUCAUCUCCAGCCCUCACCUGAUCUUGCUCAGAGUACGCUCUGGGACAGUAAUGUCAGGGAAGAUCUGUCCAAAGCGGCAUACACGAAAUAUCAACUGGACGCUAGACGUCACCGAUUAGGAUUGCCUGGUACCAAGCUACGACCUUCAUCAACUGAUGAUCGACUCCCUAUCCUACUAUAUCAACGAUCCAUCUCAUCGCCGUCUAAACCUUCCGAAGGAUUCUACGGCUUUACUAUCCUUCUACCUCCCGGUACAUGGGCACAAUACUUCCUUUCUUCCCUUGUCUACUCUGGUGUAUUGGUUGGUGGAUUGAGAGAACGAGCUGUACAACAUCGAGAAGCGGGAGUGUCCUCCUUCCCCGAACAUUACGGUCAGACCUGCAAAGCCGGUAGGGAAUGGGAGAUGAAGAAGGGCGACAAGGAGAAAGAAACGUUUGAUAGGAAACCACCGGGGAAAAGACCUGAGUUCAGGUUGAUAGGUACGCAGGAUCCUUGGAUACCUGACUGGAAUAAGGUGAUGAGCAAUCAAUGCAGUGAAGAGUCCUCGCUCAACGGAUCCGGAUCCGGUGCUGCAAGUAAACCAUGGCUCUUACCAUCUCCUUUCACUUCGCAUCUCACACCAAACCUCAAUUCCAUGAAUUUGCUCAGAAUGCUUAAUGCCUUCCGGGAACAGCGCUCAUUGGUCCCUUUACCAUCUGAAAAGGGUCGACAGUUGUUCGAUUCAGCUCUGGUACAUGUCGAAGUCAACGUACUGGGCAGAGGCUCGCCGGGAGAUAUGGCUAUAUUAUGUACGCUACCGAAAGGAGAAAGAGUGAAAUGGAUAGAAGCGUAUGAAAAAGGAGCUCAAGUAGAGUCGGGACAAUUGAGUGAUUUACAUAAACUUGAAGAGGUUUUACCGUCUCAGGAUAGUGUGAUCGGAUAUACGACUACUGGAAAUUUCUCCCUAUCCCGAGGACAAGGAUAUGCAAUAGGUGCUAUCACUCUUAAAUCUUAUAUUGAUCUUCUUAAGACUGCUGGACCGGAGGAGGAAUACAAGGAUGGAUGGGAACAGAGGGUUCUGGUUAGGGUUAGAAAUAGGGAUGGGAGGUUGAGCAGGUUGGCGGAACUGAAGUUGAUCUUGAAUUAG